AGGAGCCGAGCCCCGAGCAGGAUCUGGGUGUUCGGGAGAUCUUGCCAAGCCUCGACCGGAGCGUUUGAAAGCGAAAUCAGCUUUUUGGUUUUUUUUUUUUUUUUUUGUUUGUUUGCUUUUUGUCCCCUCUUUUCCUUGCUUUUUUUUUCACCUCCCCUCCCCCUCUGGCCCCUCUCCGGAGGGAUGUGUGUGAUCAGCGAGUGGAAACACAAAUGUCCUGAUUUUCCUGAUUUUCCCUGCCCCUCUUUGAAAGGGACAAAGUGAAAAAAAAACCAGCCAAAAAAACCCCAACUCGCAAGAUGUUCCUGACCUGCGAGGGGACCCUGGGGAUCGUUCCGGCCACCAUGGACUACAACGUGCCAGCCCGGCCGGGCCAUUUCCACGCCGGCUACCAACAGAUCGAAGGGAUCAACUUGGGCUACUUACAGAUCAACGGCACCCAGAUGUUCGCGCUGGCCCAGGUGCUCAGCGACCUGUUCAAGGACAUCCCCAGGACCACCAUCAGCAAGAAGAUGGAAACCUUAAAGAUCAAGAGCCGCCGCUGCGACCUGGCCGAGCUGCGGACCCUCAAGGCCAUCAACUCGGUGCCCACGCGCGCCGUGAAGUGCUCGCUCAUCUCCAAGGCGGACCUGGAGGCUCUCUGCACCUCCUGCAAGAGCCUCCGCCGGAGGAAGAGGAGGAGGAAGAGCAGGAGAAGGGAGCAGCUGCUGCUGCCGGGCCCCGGGGAGUUCUUCCCCUGCCCGCGGCCUCCGCCCUGCAGAGCCGGCGGCUGCUGCGGUGCCCCCGGGCCGCCCCCCGGCCCGCAGCAGCUCCAGCCCGCCCGGGGGGGGCUCUUUGCGGGGGUCCUGGCCGGCUCCCCCCGAGACCUGGCGCUGCUGCACCCCGCGGCCGCGCAGCCCUGCGCGCUCCCGCUGCCCGCGGGCCGGCACCGGCGGGGCCCGGGCUGGCCCCGGGGGCUGCUCCCGCACGGAGCGGGGCCCGCGGCCGCCAGGAAGGGCCGGUGCCGCGACUUCCCCGCCUCCAAGCGCCAGGGAACGUCCGCCGGCUACUCCAGCGACUCGGACUCCAGCCUGGACCUCGCCGCGUCCAGCCCCGCCACCUCCAGCGACUCCUCGGAGGAGGAGGAGGAAGAGGAGGAGGAAGAGGAGGAGGAGGAGGAAGGGGACAGCUCGUGCAGCAGCGAGGAGGGCAGCUCCUCGGAGUCGGAGAGCAGCUCGCUGUGCAGCGGGGACUCGGUGCAGAGCACGCGGUACCGGCAGGCGGCCCUGCCCCGCUUCCAGCCCCCCCGGGAGCCGCUCGGGGAGGAGCAGCCGGCGGAGCCCCCCCCGAGCAAAGCGCUGCGCCCCGACCCCGAGCUCCUCUUCCUCUCUCAGCAGCUCUGGGCCCGCACCCUGCGAGCGUCAACUUUGGAAAGUUUGAGCGCGGCCGCAGCGCCGGGGGCUCAGCCGGGGCUGUACGCGAGGCAAGAGGCCCCCCCCGCCUCCUCCUCCUCCUCUUCCUCCUCCUCCUCGCGCCCUCCCUCCCCGAGCAGCAGCACCCCCGGGGGGGCCCCGCCACAAAAGGAGCGCGGCUUUGGGGACGCUGGAGGGAAGGAUUUGCACAAAGAUGCGUCGAACAAAAGCUCCUCGUUCGAGCGGCCCAGCGGAGCCUCCCCGGGGCCGGCGCCUUCCCCGGAACCGGCCCCGGAGCUGCGGGCCAGCCCCGCUUCCCUCGGCGAGCCCCGGCCGGAGCAUUUCGACCGCCUAAUCCGCCAGUCCAAGCUGUGGUGCUACGCCAAGGGGUUCAACGUGGACGGGAAAGGUUUGCGGCACGGCCGGGGCAGCCCGGAGCCCUGGCGGGGAGCGGAGCUGCGGCUGCAGCCCCGCGGAGGAACCGAGAGCCCCGCGGCGCUGCGGGGCCGCCAGGACGGCAACGCCAAAAGGCGGCGGCUCGCCAGGGGCACCGAGAGGCAGCGCGGCUCCCCCAGAGCCAGGCCGCCAAAAACUCCCCGGAGGAAUUCCAGGAAGGGCAACGCUCCCUGCAAAGCCAGCCCGCCUCGGAAUUCCUUCAGCCUGAUGGGCAACUUCCCCUGCACGCCCUCGCUGGUGGUGGGCGAGGACGGCGACCUGUGCCCGGCCUCGUCGCUGGGCGGCAAAAACUCCUGGGCGCUGUCCAAGACGCACCCGCUGUGGCGGUGGCACCUGGGGGGCAGCGCCAUCCCCGUGCCCCCCAGCCUCAAAUUCCGCGGCUGCGCCAGCCUGGAGGAUCCCUGAGGAGCGCAGGAGAAAUUCCAGGAUCGGGGAGGUGCCCGGGAUGGGAGCGGGGUCAGCCCAGCCCGCGUGGGGAAGGGGCUGCCCGGAGGAGCCGCGCGGGGAUUUGGGGCCGGUUUGGGGCUGAUUUGGGGCUGAUUUGGGGCCGGUUUGGGGCUGAUUUGGAGCUGAUUUGGAGCUGAUUUGGGGCUGAUUUUGACUCGAUUUGGGGCCGAUUUGGGGCCUAUUUGGGGUCCGAUUUGGAGCUGAUUUGGGUCCGACUUGGAACUCAUUUGGAGCUGAUUUUGACCUGAUCUGGGCCGAUUUGAGUCCGAUUUGGAGAUUCUUUGGGGCUGACUGGGGUCGAUUUGGGGCCGAUUGGGGCCGAUUGGGGCCGCGGGAUGUUGGGUUUGGGAGGAGCUUUAGGGUGAGGUCAAAGCGUGCGAUGGAACCCAAAUAAUUCCCCAAAAACUCCGCGCGCUCUGGAAACGAGGGGGGGAUUCCCGGGAAGGGGAGGAAACAGCUGCUGGGAAAACUGGGAACGAGCUGGGAAAACUGGGAACGAGCUGGGAAGGAGCUCCCGCCGCCCUGACCUCCCGACCCUACUCCAAAAAAACCAGCCCCAGACCUCAUUUCUCCUUUUUCCUCCACAAAAAUUGGAUUAAAACAGCAAAAAACAGUUAAAAAACGCAGGAAAGGGACAAGUGCCAUUCCUUUCCGAAUUUGGAAAAUCCGGAAAAUGCCGGUUUUCCAGCGGGGCUUUCCUGGUGGAGGGGCAGGGAGGAAACGCCAACUUUCUUUAAAAAAUCGGGAAUUUCGGGAGGUCGGGAGAAAGGGGAGAGGCGGAGGGGAAGUGACUCGAAGCCGCUCCGUGGAAAUCUAAAAAAUAUUUUUUAAAAGUGGUGGGGGGGUGGGAAAGUGAGGAAUCUGUGGGAUAAUCAUCCCUGGAAAAGGUUUGAAUCCUGGGGAAAAAAUCCGGGAAAACCAGGGAUGGAAGGAUUUGAUCCCGACUGGAAUUUCCCUCCCUCCCCUGCUUGAACUUUUCCAAACCUUUGGAAAUUCCCGGUGGGAUUUCCAGCCCAUGAAGGCCCCCAAAUCUCUGCUUUGGGAACUUUAAAAAAAAAAAAAAAAAAAAAAAAAAUCAAAGCUAUUUUGGGGUUCUUUGGGUUUUUUUCUUGGGCUCUUUUAUUUAUUUUUUUUUUCCCAGGAAAUAAAAUUCCCGGCUCUCCCCGGGGAUCCUGCUUGGAAAAUUCUUAAUUUUUUCUGCAAAAUUUAGGCCCAAAAACAACAGCAGCAACAAAAGAUUCAAAAUUAAAAAUUGCUGCGAGGGAAAAGGGAAGGAUUGAAAGGAAAAUCUUCACACGCGGCCUGCUGGAUUUAUUCCUGUUUUUAAUUCCAUUUUUUAAUUCCAUCAGCGCCUCAAAAAAAGGGAAAAUAAGGGGAAAAGGGGGGAAAAAGGGGAUUUUAAAGGCCGGGAAUGUUUGAGAUCGGCUGGGCGCCGUUUUCUCUGGAAGUGGCGAAUUGGUGCUAAAAGCGAUGUUUGUUUAAUUUGAUUUUUUAGCGGGCUUUUUUUGGGGUUAAAUCGCUUUUUUGAUGUUUAUUUCGCUCCCUCCCGCUGAGCAGAGUAGCGUGAAAUUUCCUCGGCAAAAUAUUGGGAUUUUCGAGCAGUUAUUCCCAAAAAAAUCCCCCCAAACAACCCCAAAACGGGGCGAGAAAAGCGGAUUUCAGGAGGUUUUCCAUGGAAUUCCCGUGGAGUUCCGGGUGGGGUUAAAAAUGUAUUUUCUAUUAAAAAAAAAAAAAAAUUAAAGUGAUUUGAGGGUGGAGUUGGAAAAAAAAAAAAGCCGGGAUGCGCGCUGGGAAUGAAUAUUUAUAUUUAUAUUUAUAAUCCUAUAUAAAAUCAUAGAAAUAUAUAUUAAAAUCGUAUAAAUAUAUUAAGAAUCCUAUAUGAGUACAAAUAUAAAUAUAUAAAUAUAAAUAUUUAAAUCCAGCAACCUCCAGACCCCGCAGCUCCGCCAAAAAACUCAGGAAUAUUUUUGCAAGGGAUAAAAAUGCCUCGGGAAUUGCGGGGGAGUGGCUCAGAUUUUUAUCCCGGUGUAAAUAUGGCUAAAAAUUCACUUUUUCUAUUAAAAAUUCACAUUUUGGGGAGAGAUCUUUUUCAUUUCUCCACUCGUGCAUGGGGUUGGGAUGUAAAUAAUUGUGAGUAUUUGUGAAUUUUUGUAAAUAUUCUGUAAAUCUCAAUAAAUUCUCUGUAAAUGUUCUGUAAAUAUUUGCGGGGUUGGGAAAAAAUUUAAAAUACCUCAAAAUUUUCAUUAAAAAGGCGCCUGGAGCAGCAGAACUGCCCAAAAAUUAUAAUUAGAGUAAGAAUUAUCAUCGUGAUGUUAAUAAUGAUAAUUCUUGCUUUGGUUUUGAGGUGUUUGAGGGAAUUUAAGGUACCAAAGAAUAAAAAAAAUAAACUUUAAAUAAGAAAUAGAGUGAGGGGGGUGGAGCUGCAGUGGAAAUAAACAGAAUAAAAGAAAUAUAAAUUAAUGAAUAAAAGAAAACACAAA